AUGGCAGACUUUCCUCCAGUGAUCUUUCACCGCAACCGCAGACGGCGUUCUCGAGCAUCCACCGAGUACCUUGGGGUCCGACGUCGGCCAUGGGGGCGCUACGCCGCCGAGAUCCGGAACCCUUACACCAAGGAGAGGCACUGGCUCGGAACAUUCGACACUGCAGAAGAGGCUGCGCUAGCCUAUGACCUCUCCUCCAUAGCCUUCAGUGGGCUAGCUCGAGCUCGUACCAACUUCUACUAUCCUUUCUUGGCUCCUCCCUCGCCCCCUCCUCCCCCGCCGCCCCCACCUCCAUCACCUCAGCCUGAGGAGAGGGAUGAUUGCUGUUUCGAGUCCGGUUCUAUCGAGGAUGAUGAUUCGAUGACGAUCGCAGCCAUCUUACAAAGCUUUCGCCACUCGAGUGCUCUUUCUUCUUCUUCUUCUCUUCUUUAUUAGGAAAAACUAUGUGCUCUUUCUUUGAUAGAUCAAGGGAAGGAUGCAGCUUUUACUCUUGAGAAGGAUAAGAAAUGGUUAGAUCAAUGCUGUGAUGUCCUGGUAGUAUAUAUCAUC